AGCACGGAAAAACAAUUUGACAGUUCACCAAUUUUUUCGCGAGUGGUGGUAAUUUUUCCAAAUCAAAAUGCUCCGUGUGUGAAAAGUGGUGGGCACGUUAAUCCAAAAAUAAUGCGUGUGAUAUAAUUUGUUCAAAUGUUCAUUAAUUGUUGUGUGUAAUUGUGUUCUGUGGCACCCCAAGAGAAAAUUUGUCCCCGGAGGUGGUGGAAAAUUUUGUGUGGCAAAAGCGAAGAAGGAAAAAAAAUGUCUCCGAUGGCCUGCAAUUUAUUUACCGAAUAAAAUUCUUUCUUCCUCCAAUCCAAUUGUGUAUUUUGUGUGGCUCCGUGGGGCGCUACCUAUUGCACAAAGCAUCAAGGGGGGCAUUUGCACCAUUUGCCCAAUAGAGCAGCACAAAGCUCCCAGAUUUGAACGGAGCAAGAGAAUUUUCCACUUUGUGUGUUUUUUGGUGUUUACAAGGAAAAUAUAUAAUGGCGGAGUGUUCGAGACAAGAGAAAAUUCAGUGAAUAUUUUCCCCUCAAUUUUCCACGAAAAAGCUCUUCAGCAGAGGGAAAUUCCGCAAGAAAAAAAACAAAUUUUUUUAUUGGAAUUUGAAAGGAAAUAAAUAAAUGGAAAACUCCUGAAUUAAGCAAAAAGGAUAAAAAUUUGUGUGUGUGAGAGGGAAUCCAAGGAGGAAAUUAAGCUGUGUUGAAAGUAAAACGCAAAGAAGGGGGGCAACUUGCAGCAGAAUCAAUCUUCUCUGGUUUUUUUUUUGGGGUGUUUGCGUGUGCCGCGAGGAGGUUCUGGACUGCUGAUUCUGUCGCUGCAUCAAUUGAGGCUGAGUGUACGUUCUGCGGGAGGAGGUGCGCGCCUUCAAUCGAGCUUGAUUGAGAAAAUGUCUCUCCCUCUGGGUGCUUCCACACUGUCAACGCUCAUACUGACCCUCCUGACACUCUCGGCCCUGCCGCAGCUCAUCCAUGGGGUCUGGCAGGAGAAUGUUCGGCCCAAGUUGUACGUGGAACUUGGCUCGGAGGAGAUACUGCGUUUCCAGGGCAAUGACACAACCAUUGAUAAUUUCAAAUUAAUGCUACGCGAUGGGCAUAGUCUCCUCAUUGGUGCAAGGAACAUUGUCUACAAUCUCAGCAUAUCCGAUCUCACGGAGCAACAGAGACUCGAAUGGUAUUCACCGGAGGAUGAUGUCAAAAUGUGCGUUGUCAAGGGGAAAGAUGAGGAAGCUUGCCAGAAUUACAUUCGUGUCCUCGUACUACCAAGUCCGGGGAAGUUGCAAGUUUGUGGCACAAAUUCAUUUCGACCCAUGUGUCAUUUGUAUCAGAUAAAUGCAAACAAUUACACAUUGGAAAUGGAGAAACCCGGCCAGGCGGUGUGUCCUUAUGAUCCGCAACACAAUUCCACAGCAGUGUUUGCCGACAAUGAACUGUAUUCGGGCACAGUGGCCGAUUUCAGUGGCAGUGAUCCAAUAAUUUAUCGUGAACCCCUUCAGACGGAACAAUAUGACAGUCUAAGCUUAAAUGCACCGAACUUUGUUAGCUCCUUCACUCAGGGUGAUUUUGUGUACUUCUUCUUUCGCGAAACAGCUGUGGAAUACAUAAAUUGCGGAAAGUCCGUGUACUCACGUGUUGCGAGGGUGUGCAAGUGGGACAAGGGGGGACCGCAUCGAUUUAGAAAUCGAUGGACAUCAUUCCUAAAGUCACGACUAAAUUGCUCCAUGCCAGGAGACUUUCCAUUCUACUUCAAUGAAAUACAAUCUGCAAGUAAUUUGAUUGAAGGACGAUACGGACAUACGAAUUCAAAGUUGAUUUAUGGUGUCUUCACAACACCACCAAAUUCAAUUCCUGGCUCAGCUGUGUGCGUAUUCUCACUGCAAGAUAUUGCGGAUACAUUUGAGGGGAAUUUCAAGGAGCAAAGUAGCAUAAAUUCCAAUUGGUUACCCGUGAAUAGUGCAAAAGUACCCGAUCCACGUCCAGGGUCGUGUCACAAUGAUUCCCGUACACUUCCUGAUUUAACGUUGAACUUCAUAAAGACACAUUCAUUGAUGGAUGAGAAUGUUCCAGCCUUCUUUGGGCAGCCAAUUCUCAUGCGCACAAGUACAAUGUAUAAAUUCACACAAAUAGCGGUUGAUCCGCAAAUUAAGACCCCAGGUGGGAAGACGUAUGAUGUGAUUUUCGUCGGGACGGACCAUGGGAAAAUAAUAAAGGCCGUUAAUGCUGAUUCAGCGGAUUCAAGCAAAAAGGCAACAUCCGUUGUCAUUGAGGAACUCGAUGUCCUCGCUAAAAGUGAACCAAUAAGGAAUAUGGAAAUUGUUAGGACUGUUCAAUAUGAUCAACCAAAAGAUGGAAAUUACGACGAUGGGAAGCUCGUAAUUGUCACAGAUAGUCAAGUGAUUGCUGUGCGGCUGCACCGAUGCAAUAGUGAUAAGAUAACAAGUUGCAGUGAAUGUGUUGCCCUACAGGACCCAUAUUGUGCAUGGGAUAAAAUUCAGGGGAAAUGUCGUUCGCACGGGGCUCCGCGGUGGAUGGAGGAGAACUAUUACUACCAGAGUGUGGCCACGGGGCAACAUGCUGCGUGCCCAUCGGGGAAGAUGUCGUCAAAGGAUGCAAAUGCGGGUGAACAGAAGGGCUAUCGCAAUGAUAUGGAUAUGAUGGAUUCGCACAAUCGUCUAAUGAAGAAUCAACCGAGUGGUGAGGUGAUUAACAUUAUGCAGGAUAGUAAGAGUUUCGAUGGGACUGGGCCACAAAUAACGCCGGACAUUAUGACGGCGCAAUAUUCGGUGGAGACCCUCGUGAUGGCUGUAUUGGCUGGAUCAAUUUUUGCAUUACUCGUUGGCUUCCUUACGGGCUACUUUUGCGGUAGACGUUGCCACAAGGAUGAAGAUGAUAAUCUUCCCUAUCCGGAUACGGAGUAUGAAUACUUUGAGCAACGUCAGAAUGUCAAUCGCAUACAGACGGAACCGAAACUUCUGCCUCAGGUGGAUGAGGUGACGUAUGCGGAGCCGGUACUACUGCCACAGACGUCCAGUCAGAAUAAAAUGCAAAAUUCCCCAAAGAGCACCCUGAGGAAACCAAUGGGACUCCAUCAUGGUGGAAAUAAUGAUGCUCUCUUCCAAUUCCAACCUGAUGGCUACAACACACGCGACACGUACCGUGGACGAGAUAAUUUUGGAACUUUGCGAUCACACCAGGGCGACAAUUACCGGCGUGGCGAUGGUUUUUCCACGACUCGAAGUGUGAAAAAAGGCUUAAAUACAAAUGCAAGAAACAGAAGUCUCGGUCGACUAAGGAGACAGCCGCCCCGACAUGGAAUUGCGACCCAACAUCGUUCCGAUAGUCCACAAAAUUCAAGUUCAGGCUCAUCACCAGUCAUGUCGCACAGUAGCUCAAGUCCUGCACCACCAUCGAGUAGUCCCAGUCCUCAGGGGAGCUUGAAGAACUGUAGCUAUAUCUAUCGCGAUUGAUUAAUAUGUGAUGCCGUCGAUUCAACAUCAUUGUCACCGAUGAAGACAUCAUCGAAGCACUUGAGAAAUGCCCUCAAUGUCACGUGGAAUAGUCUGUGGGUGCGGAGGAAGAGGAAGAGGAAUCGAUCACCAUCCGUAUGGACGCACAAUAAUCUACUAAUGGAAGAUAUCACGGGUGAUUGUGACAUGAGAUCGUCAUCUUCUGCAUCCACAAUUCCCAUUGAUGAAUUCGUAAAGGGUGGUGGGUAUUGUGGGGGUGGUGGUGGUGCUACUAGUGGUGGGGCAUGUGGUGGUAAAAAUCGACGCCGCAGGAAUAACAAAGCUAAUUUAUGUGAUCCGAAGGAGUGUGAGUUGCUUGUUGUUAAAGCAUCAGACUGGGAUGAUGAGAAAUAAUGAAUUCUAACACUAAACAAACAAAACAAAAAAAAAUGAGCAUUUAUUAAAUUGUAAAAAGAAAAAAAAUUACGAGAAGUGAAGCAAAAAACUGAUAUUAAAAACAAAAAAAAAUAUAUUCCAUUUCUAAAUAAAAAAAAAUAAAGCAAAAUGAUGUACAAAGAAGGAUGAAAAUAAAGAACUUCUUUGUGCGGAUUUUUGUGGGAAUGCGCGAAAAAAGGCAUAUUUAUUAGGAUGUAUGAGAUUUUUUUUUAAAAAAGAAAGCAAAUUCAUCUGAAACAGAAACUAAAAGAAGUUGAAUGUAAAGAAAAAGUUGGCAGUUUGAAUGGAUUUCUUUUUUUUCUACCAAAGAUUUUAUUGUGCAUUUAUUAAUUAUUAACUUUAUAUACUUUUUAACAUUUAAUUUAUUUAACAAAAAAAUAAAUUUUCUUCAUAGAAGAAAAACAUCACUGAAAGUUGUAUAAAAAAAGGGAAAAUUGUAAAUUAUUUUUUAUUAUCUUUUGUAAGAUUUUUUUUUGGUGUAAAAUAUGUUUAUCUAAUUCACGGAAUUUUUUUUUUAUAAAUAUUAUAUUUAAUAAUCUUUAUUUCAAUGCAAAACAUCACACAACUGAGUUUUAUUUAGAUGGUCAAAGGAUAGAAACAGAGCAAAAGAUGAAGAAUCAAGUGAAAAAGAAAAUGAAAAAAAUAGCAAAUAAGAGAAAGAUAUACUCAUUAAAAAAAAACACGAUAAAGAGUGAAUGAAUCUCAAAAGAAAAGGGAAAAUAUAUAAUAAAUUUAUUAGAAAUUUUAUUAUAUACAACAUAGCGGAGGAGGCAGACACUUUUUGAAACAAAAGUAAUAAGAAAAAAAUGAUAUAAAAUAAUUCUAAGAAAUAUUCACGCAUAUUGUUACACUUAGGAGAAAAAAAAUGAAAGUUUUUGAAUAUUAAAAAAAAUCAAUAUUGAUGCAUAAAAAAAAGUUUUCAGUUGACGUGGUUUAAAGAUGAUGACGCUAAAUGAGGAAGAAAUGAAGGAAAACCCGUGAAAACAAAUCUAAAUAAUCUUUAAAUAGAAUUUUGCUCUUUUAUAGCCAUUUAGAGAAGACAGAGAGAAAGGUGAACGAGAUUAAGCGGGAGACAUUAUAUAUAGAGAACUUAGGGGUGAAAAAAAUAUGAGACAAUUUAAUAUUUUAGUAAAAAAAAAGGAUGAAAAAAUACGCGCAAAUUAUUUGCGAGAGAUUAACAUUUAAGAAUUAAAAAAAAACCAUGAAAAUAUAUACGUAUUAAGGAGUGGGAAAUUCAGAGGAAAAUUAAUGCAAAAAAAACGGGGAAACUUGUACACAAUACAAAAAAAGUUAAGAUUAUAGGAAAAACGAGUUAAUAUGAGAUUUAUCUCAUAUUUUUCUUUCAUGCUAAAAAUAUUAUUAAAAAAUAUAUAUUUAAAAAUGAAAAUAAUUCUAAGCUAACGAUGGGAGGGGGAAAUGCAAAAGAAAAUAGAACGAGAAUAGUAUUUAAUCCGCAAAAAGAAAAACCAUUAAACCCACUAUUACGUAUAUUUCAUUAAAAUAGCAAAGAGCAAAAAAAAAGCGAGUGAAGCAUGUAAAUAGAAAAAUUUAUAUUACAAAGAAAAGUGCAGCAACAAUUCAUCCACCCAUAUUGAGAAUUUAAUAGCAUCUUCUUUUGACGAUGUGUGUGUAAAAAAAAAGAGAACUACUUUGAGACCUUCUUUCACUUCUUCUUAAUAAAAAUAUAUUUAGUAUAUAAUUUCUUCCUCUCCAAUUUGUCCAUAUAUAGCAAAAUUUAAUACCGGCCACUGCAUAUUUUUUUUAUGUGUCGUCUAUUUUGCAUGACCCUAAAAGCCACAAAUGAGAUCACUCAUUGACAAGCAAUAAUUUUUCAUUGGAAUUUCAUUGAAAUGAGAAAAUUUAAAUGAGUUCGUGGAAAUUUUUCAGAUGACUCCCUUUGGUAAAAUAUUAUGGAAAUUCUUCAGAAUCAAAUUAAAAUCUUUCAUUAUGAGAGUUUUUAUUUUUUUUUCUUAGAAUUUCCAUAAUUAUUCAAAAGAGAACCAAAAUUAAUAAGAAAUUAACAAGAAUUUUAAAAUGUAAUAGAAUACCAAUUUAUUAUGAUUUAAUUACUUUAAUUAAUUUAAAAAAAAAUUAUACAAAGAGCUGAAUUAAUGAAACGCCAACGAAUUUCCUCGAAUUAAAUUGUUGCUCUUGUCCCAUUUUUUGAUCAGAAAAUCAGGUAUUUGGUCAGAAAAAUCUUUCAUUUAAUCAGGAGAAUGUUUUGCAUAGAAAACUCGAUUAAAUGAUUGGUGGUUCAUAGAAAUCACUAAAUUCAGUUUAAAAUGAUAUUCUGAGGAUCAUUUUGCAUAACUUUCUGAUCAAAAUAGAUCAUUUGUCUGAUUGAUUACCUUUUUUUUACGGAGGGCUUGGGGUGGAAUGGAUAGAAGGCUUGAGCUUGCAUUUAAAGGUCGCCAGUUCGAAUAAAGAACACGGCAAAUGCGACAGAUCCGCCAACGUGCAAGUAGAUCACUCUAGUAGUGCUCUGAGAGCACUGAAUUGGGAUUUUCUCUGUAAAAUUCUUUUCUUACUGGCGCUCACCGGAAGGAGAUCGUUUUCUCCCUAUAUCAAUUAUCAAAUUACACCAGACAAAUCAACUAUUCAAGUAGAUCACGGUUACUGGUUCGAUUAGAAGAUUGAUACACUCCUAUCCGUAAAAUGGCCCUCACGUGGCAAUAUAUCGAAAGCAACCCAUUACUACUCUGGAAAAAGAACAACAACAAUACCAAUAUAUAUUUUUAAAUUGCUUUUUUUACGUAAUUAGAAAUUAUUAUUUUUCUAUUCAUUUUUCCAUUUCACUGAUCAAUUUCUCAUUAUCCUGAUUAAAUAUCAAAAUAUUAAGUUUUCUGACCAAUAGAAACAUUCUCCGGAAAAAUAGAAUAUUCUUCUUAUCGAAAUUGAAUAUUCUUCUGAUUAAAUGGAAGAUUUUGCUGGGUAAAAAAUUGAUUAAAGAUUUUCUGAUCAAUGGGUUUCUUUUCCGUUUAUUACCUUUAACUUUGAGACUCUUCCUCCUUUCUUUUUUUUUAUGCAAAUUCAAUGAAAUUCCUUUGUUUGGCUACAGGAUCAUUGCAUAGCAUUUUCACAUUAAUAAUUUCCCUAAUUACCAAGUUCUCCAAAAAUUAAUGAAAAUAUAUUAUACAAAAGAGAUUUAACAAAAAGAGAAUACGAAGAAAAUAGAAAGUCAAAAGAAAUUUUGUACGAAAUAAAAAAAAACAUUUGCCGUUGAUAAAUUUCAACAAAUUGUUAAUUGUUUUAUGAAAAAGAAAAAUUGCAAUUUUUCAAAAUAUAUUUUUCAUCAUUGACUCAACACGGAGAGAAGAUGAAAAAGAAAAUUGGGAGAACUGUAGGUGAAAGAAAAAAAAUGUUAUUUAAACAUUGAGAAGAGAAGCAUAAAAUUCAUUUCUUAUUAUAUAUACCAUUUUUGCUCUUCUUAUGUAAAUAAAAUAUGCAACAACAAAAGAAAAACAAAAAAAAUAAUGAGGGAUAAAGCUGAAUAACAAACCAAAACUCAUGCACUAAAUUAAUGAUUAAAAAGUUAUUAAAAUGAAUAAAGAAAAUCAUAGAGUAGUGGUUUUUAAUAAAAAAAAAUAAACAUGAUGAAAAAAAUAUAUUAAACUAUAUUUAGAAGUAUUUUAUUUACUAUUUAAAAAAAUAUAUUGUUCAAAGUUCAGUCAAAUGGUAUGAGCAGCAAGAAGAUUAAGGGGAAAUGCAGUGGAGAAAAUGUUACCAAUUAAAACGUAAAAAAAAUGAAAAUGAAAAAUGAGAUAAACUUGAGAGGAAAAAAAUUCAUUGUAAAGCAUUUUCGCGUAUUUAUUAAAAAAAAAGAAAGAAAUAAAUAAGAAAAGGUAAAAGAUUAAUAAAUGAAGGACAGAAGCAAAAGAAAGAAUGAAAAGAAAGGAACAGAACUUAUUGAAGAGUGAAGGAAAUAUUGAGUAAAUACAGAAAGAAAAAAUAUAUUAUACAUAUUACUGAAGUGAGAUUUGAAGGUGAAAAAAAAACUUACUAAGAAUAUUAGAAUAUAAAUUAUAUAAAGCCAUAUAUUUAUAUAAUUAAUAAGUCAUUUAUAAUAUGCAAGUGCUUCUUACAAAAUAUAUUAAAAAAAAAUACUGCUUAGAUGAGUAGAAAGUUUUGAUGUGUAAAGAGGUUUUACAAUUGAUUUUAAUUUUCAAAAGUUUUUCAUUUUUGCUCCAUAUAUAGGAAAGUAAUAGUGAAGAAGAGAAAUUAUACCAGAUUACAUAAAAAUGCGAUAGUUCUAGCAUUUUAACAUUUUUACCGAGAAAAGUUAUUCAAAGCAAAAAGGGGAAAUACUUAAGACAGUAGAGAAGACAAUUUCUUCAUUUUACAAUACAUUAAAAAGUGAAUAAAUAAAACAAUUCCCCUUUUUAAAAUCCUCGAAAUCUUCCAAACAAAUCUAUUGUUUUUUUUCAGUUAAUUUCUUCUAUCAAAAAGUUAUUUUUUUUUGCAAUAUUUUCACCUUCUUACGUAGAGUUCUCUUGGACAAGUUUUUUUUUUUGGGAGAAUUAAGUAAAUUAAAAAGAAGAAAAAAUGAGCCAUAAAAAGUUGAGAAAAAAAGUAUAUUAGUGGUUUAAAUUUUAGGAUUUUACAUCAUUACAUUUAUUAUUAUUGAAUAUAGAUUUAUUGAAUAAGAAUGCAGUCAAUUGUAUAGUAAAAAAAACAAAAAAAUCUAAACUCGUAGUGAAUUAUUUAUAAACAAAAAAAUGAAAAUAAGAACUAAGAAAAAUCAUGAAUCUCUGCAAAAAAGUAUUUCGAGAGGCAUCAAUUUUAUUCCCCCUAAAAUACCCACACAAACACACAAAAGAAUCCCAAAAAAAAAUCUCAAAAUAUCCGCAUUUUUCAAUCUCAAAUGAAAAAAUGGGAGAAAAACAAUAGAACUAUAAAAUAGUUUUAAAAAAAUACUUUGAAAGAAAAUGAGCAUAAAAAUAUCACUAAAAAUGACUAAAAAUACAUAAUUAUCAUGCAAGAAAAAUAGUGUAGAUAAACUUUCUUUCAAAAGAAAAGUGAGGAAAUAAAUGAAAAACAUCCAUAAAAAAUAAUUCAAAAGAAGAAUAAAAAAAAAUUAAGAGGGAAACAUCAAUUUAUUGGAGAGAUGUUAAUUAUUUUGCAUACAGGGUGUGUUGGAAUUUUAUGGGUUUAUUUGGGAAAUGAUUUAUUUGAUUAGCUCUCUGUUAUUUAUUUUGACAGAAAAAUGCAUUUUUGACAUUUACGUCAAAUUUAUCAUGACAUUUCGGAGACGUUUAUCCCCUUCAUCAGGCAAAGAUGAGUAAGAUUUUUUCUUUCAAUGAAAAAGAUUACAAAGAAAAUUCUAAAUAUAACAAAAAGAAAAGCUUCUGAAACAUUUAUUUGCAAAGAAAUAUUCUUAACAAAGAAAAUAAAUCAAAAUCAAAAGAAAAAAAACGAAAAAUGACUAAAAUUUGACAAGUUUAGUACAAAGAAAAAUAUUUAAAUGAACUUCAUCAAAUAAAUCCAAAUAAAAUUUCAGUGCACCCCGUAAUGAGGGAGAGAAAAUGUUUAACUUUUCUUUUGCUUCGUAAUUUUAAUUGUACAAAAUGAAUUUCUUUGAGUGUGUUAAGACAUGAGACACCUUGUGUAAUAAAUAAUUCCAAAAUUGAAGAUGAAAAAAAAACAUCACGAAAGACUGAAAUGAUAUUAAACAAUAACCAACUAUUUUAUUUUCUAUUUUUAGUUUCUAAAUGAAAAAGAAAAAAAAUAUUCUAGUGAAGUGGAGGAAAAUUAAAUGAAGAAAAAAAAUGUACAGUGGAAAAUUUAUUUAAAAGAAAACUUCCUCAGUUCAUAAGUUGAAGCAGUUAAAUGAAAAAAAAGAUGAAAUUCGACUAAAAAAUGAAAAAUAUGAGUACAAAAAAAAAAUGUUUAUUAAAAAUGUGAAAAAUCUCGAUCCACUGAUGUGAAAAAAAAACUUGAGAUGCAAUAAGACACAGAAGAAAAAAAAAUAUUGAAAAAAGAAAAUUGUAGAAAGUCCAGUGAAUUUAUUUAUUUCACUUGUUAAAUCAACUUCAAUUACACGUCCUUUUGUUGAAUGAAUGAAUGAGAAAAGAAUCUUUUUUGGGUUUUCCCUGGGACACAAAAAAAUUAAUGAAAAGACAGAGGUAAAAGAAAAACAAAAAAAAAAAAACGCAAAAAUCGGGUAUUUGGACAAAAAUAAAUACCAAUUUUUAAUAAAAUUAUUAAAGCAAAAAAUUUUUAUUUGAAACUCUGAUGAAAAAAAGUGAACUAUACUCUAUUCAAAUGAACCUUGCAUUGAUGCUUCACCAGUUUGAAACAAUGUAGAUGAAAUUCAGUUCAUUGGCCAAUCAAAAUGCAGCAUUUCGUGUUGAAAUGUAAAAGAAUAAGAAGAAGAAUGAAAAGUUCUUUUGAUUGGUUGAAAAAUUUGGAAGAACUUGUGUGCAAAGUUGAAUUGAAUAGAGUUAAAGAAAAAAAAGAAAUUAAACUGUAAAUAACGUUGAGAAGAAACAUAAAAAACAGGAUGUGUAGGAGAGGAGACUAAAAUCACUUUUUGAAAAAACGGCUUUUAUUUGUUUUUUACUUAAAGAUCUUUUCACUCACAGACUUUUUUCAUUCACUUGUUGCAUAAAAUAAAUUUAAAAGAAAAUGAAAUGAAAUUAAUGCAUAAAAACAUUUUUUAGAAAUAUUAUUGCAUUUAGUGACGGGGGCGUGUGGGGAAAAAAUAGCUAAAAGAAAGAAGAAAAUCCACAAUACGUAUUCAGUAAUAUAUAUAAAAAAAAUUUCAGCUAGAAAAUGAGCGUUAUUAUUGAUCUUUCUACUAAAAAAAAAAUGAAAAAGAAAAAAACCUAAAAGCAGUGAUUAAUGAAUGAAAAUAUAACUAAAUGAUUAAUGAUAUUAUAUAUAAUUUAAUGGACUGCAUAAUGCAUCAAGAGAGCGUUAUAUACUUUUAUUCCUAAAUAAUAUAUAUAAAAUAACACAUAAAAUAGUUUUCCUCCCAAGUAUAAUGACAAAAAAUGACUGAUUUUAUUGGAAAAAAAAUUAAUUUCUCUUUUAAUUAAUUCAGGAAAAUAAAUGACAAAAAAUGCAAUGAAUAAAAUAGUCGCUAAUAGCUGCGAAAAGUCCUUAAAUUUGAAGGAAAACUCGCCUCAAAAAAAUAUUCAUUCAAAAUAGAAAAAAGUUUGAAAAAGACACAACACAUUACAAAUUCUAUUGAUAAACAUUAACAUUUAAAAAAAAAUACCUGUCAUAAAAAAAAGAAUAUUAUUGCAUAUAAAAGACGAAGCGAUGGAGGAUUUAUUGAAAAGAAAACUCAUCAUUUUUCAUACCAAAAUGCAAAGUAGAGAGACUUUCAUUAUAUUAUCAUUAAGUACCAUAAAAAAGGGAAGAAAAGUGCGAAGGAGAAAGCAAAAAAAAAGUAAAUAAAAUUAUUAUUAUAAAUUAUGUAAUUGAAUUAAGGAACGAAUUAGAAACAAAAAUUAAUUAAAUAAAAAACCAAAUUUCACAAAA